AUGAAGGCUCCAGACUCCGAUACUGACGAUCGAGCCGAUCUCACACUGACCGUGGCUGAGGAUCAACUCGCUGUAACGUACUACAAGAAGGAGCUGCACGCUUUCCUGCUUCAGGACGAUGUGAUGAAGCUCCUCCGGCCAAACCUCCUCGGCGAUCUUGCGGGACCGGUGUCACAGCCGACCCCUGGAUCGGACAAGUUGGAUGCCGUUCAGACGCUGCUACGGCUCUUCAAGGAAGUUGGUAUCAUCGCAGGAGUGCUGGAUGUGGAAAGCCUGUUCCAUCUGAAGCUCAGUACGAUCCAGAACUCGGCCCAGAGGCUGUUCCUGCUACUGAAGCCGUUGGUCGGUGAGUCGAGUCGAUCCUUGAAAGAAACAUCAAGAUCGCCCCAGACGCUAUCGAGAUCGACACCCGCCAGAUCGACGCCUGCGCCCAAUCCGGGUGGCCAAACUCCGACGUCAUCUCCGUACGUGUCUGCAACAGAAGACGUGGAAUCUGACAGUGUCGAUGAUCCGCCACCGCGCAUGACGCUAGACCCUUCCGGUGCCGCUAUGUUAAGAAGUCGAGCUGAACGUGCUGAGCGUGAGGUGGUUGUGCCAACGCGAGAGCCGAAGGGCGUAGCAACUUCAGUGCGACACUCCCCGGAAAGACUCGAGUCGUUCUUCCAAGCGGCCAUGGAACGUUUUCUGAAGGAGCAGCAGCUACUUGGUGUCGCGCUGAAGUCGCGACCGACCGAAGAUCAAGAUGUCGAGAUGGAGUCGGUUGGAUCACCAAACCGACACUCUGCGUCAGGGGAGUUUGAUCCUGACGACCUCGAUCUCAGUUGGCCUAUCCGCGCGGCGGUAGCAACAACGGCUACUGCUUCGCCUGGAGGAACUGGGACCGCACCACGCAUUCGUGUGUGUGCAAUGUCGGAACUGAAGGAGUUUUCCGGAAAGGACGGCGACGAAGAUCGAGCUCGAUCUUGGGUCAGCAAGGUAAGAUCGGCUUUCGUCCGCGAUCAAGCGCCUGAUGAUGAGAAGUGUCUGGCGUUCGGUGAUUUGCUCACUGGUCCAGCGCGAACCUGGUAUAGGCAGCUGAGCCGAACAACUCGUACCACGUGGAAAGACCUGCUCCAGAGUUUCCAGGUCCAGUAUUGUGGGCGUGGUGUCUCGGUUGCCCGCCAGUACUACCAUGCUCGGAAACGAUCUGACGAGUCGCCUCUGGAGUACCUCCACAGGUUCAACGUCGUAGGCCUGCGGACACGUCUACAAGUCAAGGACGGACCGCCGGACGUGCGCCGGGAACAUGUGGAACACUUUAUCGAGACUUUGGAUGAUCGCGAUCUAGCGGACCAGCUUGCCCUGCUUCGGAUUCCCGACGCGGACACUCUGGAAGAAGUUUUGCGAUCUCGCCAGCGUGCCGAAGCGCGACAGAGCAAGACGGUGUACGGCUCGAUUGAGCCCCGCCCGAAGCCGCAAGCCGCCGCCGGUGCUCGCGCGGUACGAGCGAUUCAGGUGCAGAGCGACAGCAGUGACUUGGAUGCAGGAUCCAGCGACUCGGAUGAAGAGGGAGAUCUGCGCCGAGUGUACGCGACUUCAGCCAGUAACGAUCAUGGAACGACUGAACAUCGCUCGGCCGGCCGAGAUCGGCGUCCACCGGAUCAAGAUCGAGGCCGUCAAGAUCGUCGACCGGGACAUCUCUCUAAAUCGAUCGACAUGGGGCCGCCCCUCAAGCGGUGCACUCAUUGCGGGUCUACCAAACACGACGAUCUGGGAUGCUGGAAGCAGCUGACGUGUGAAAAAUGUGGCAAGCAUGGUCACCCGUCAGAUCGCUGUCUCUUUGUCUGCAAGGCCUGCGGCAAAAUCCACGACGAAGGAAGCUGUCCGAUGGAGGAAUUUUACAAUUUGAUCCGCCAGUGGUACAAUCCCACCAAGCACGGGGGCAUGUUGCCCGAGUCCGCGGAGAAGAUGUUAAACUAG